GAUGUGGGGGUCUUUUCCAGUGUGGAAGAAACUCACUUUUCCUGUCAGACGAAAAGAGCAGCUUUUUCAUAAUUUAUUAUUGAUAUGGGACCCAUUACUUAUUGACCCUUUGUGCAGUUCCCACCUAAUUAAUUUAGGCCAUGAUCUACCUUGUUCCGUGUGCUGAAGCUUAUCGGAGAGGAUGGGAUUGCCCGUGAAUUCAUUCCAUCUGAUUAAGAUUAGAAUAUGAUGGAAGAUUUUUUACAUCUCUGAGGCUAAAGAUAGUCUAUGUGGUAUCGGAUUUAUUACUUUGUUUAGUGAAAUGUUGAUUUUCUCCUAUACAAUUUGAUAAUAUCUUAUUAUCUUGAAGAGAAGUGGCUGUUAAAUUGUAUAUAUACUUUAAAAGCCAGAUAUUUUGAUACACUUUGCAAUCCAAACUAAAAUAUUUUUCAAUUUCCUCUCUCACCCCUAUACAAUUUGAUAAUAUCUUAUUAUCUUGAAGAGAAGUGGCUGUUAAAUUGUACAUAUACUUUAAAAGCCAGAUAUUUUGAUACACUUUGCAAUCCAAACUAAAAUAUUUUUCAAUUUCUACUCUCACCACCAUGCAAAACAAUAAGAUUGAAUCCACAAGCAUGUAGAGGAAAAGCUUUUGUUAACAAUCGUGCAAGAAGAAAAGUAAGUAGCAGCAGCAGGAGAAGAUGGCAAGUGACAGGUCUUUGGAGUUUACUCCUACCUGGGCAGUGGCUCUUGUAUGCUUUGUCUUCAUACUCAUUUCUGUGAUUCUUGAAGAGAGCAUUCAUCACGUUGGAAAGUGGCUCACAAAGCGUAACAAGAAAGCAUUAUAUGAAGCACUUGAAAAGAUUAAAUCAGAAUUGAUGCUUCUUGGGUUCAUUUCACUCCUGCUCACUGUGUCACAGACAUAUGUUGCCAAGAUUUGCAUAUCAGAAAGCCUGUCUGAAACUAUGCUUCCCUGUAGGAAGGACACUAGUGAUACUAAAACCUCGUCAGAGGAGAAGAAUCGGAAGCUUCUGUCAAGAGCCUUGUUUUCUAGUCAGGAGUCACAGAGGCGGAUUUUGGCUGGUGGCUCCGACACUUCUUGUUUGGAUAAAGAAAUGGUUCCACUUGUCUCUCAAGGUGCCAUGCAUCAACUGCACAUAUUCAUCUUUGUAUUGGCAAUUUUCCAAGUUUUAUACAGCAUCAUAACCAUGGGCCUUGGAAGAGCAAAAAUGCGCCGCUGGAAAGUAUGGGAAAAGGAGACUGAAACUAUAGAGUACCAAUUUUCGUAUGAUCCUUCAAGAUUCAGGCUUACUCAUGAGACUUCUUUUGUAAGGCUUCAUGCGCAUUUUUGGAAUAAAAUACCAAUUAUGAUUUGGAUUGAAUCCUUCUUUCGACAGUUUUUUAAUUCAGUGACUAAAGUUGAUUAUCUGACAUUACGCCAUGGCUUCAUCUCUGCCCACUUGGCUCCAAACAGCAAAUUUAAUUUUCGAAAAUACAUAAGUAGAUCUCUGGAGGAUGACUUCAAAGUAGUUGUUGGGAUCAGUCCUCCCCUAUGGGUUUUUGCUGUCAUCUUUUUGCUUCUCAACGUGGAGGGAUGGCAAGCAUACUUCUGGCUAUCUUUCAUUCCUCUGAUUAUAGUUUUAUUGGUUGGGACAAAACUACAAGUUAUCAUAACAAAGAUGGCUGUAGAAAUCCAAGCCAGACAUGCUGUAGUUAAAGGACUUCCAGUAGUGAAGCCCAGUAAUGAACAUUUUUGGUUUGGUCGACCUCAAUUGGUUCUGUUCCUGAUACAUUUUGUGUUGUUCGUGAAUGCUUUUCAACUAGCAAAUUUCUUUUGGACAUGGGGUAAGAAGAUCGAUCAUAGAAAGAUGGAGGCCAUGUUGUUAACAUACCUAAAGGAUCAAUCAACAAUUCUAGUUGCCGUGCAGUUCCUGUGUAGUUAUAUGACAUUUCCUCUCUAUGCACUUGUGACACAGAUGGGUUCAAAUACCAAGGAGGCCAUAUUUAAUGAGCAGACGGCCAAUGCAGUAAAGAGAUGGCACAAGACUGCCAAAAAGAAAAAGAGACAGCAGGAGUCUGGUUCUGGAGGAAGUGCAGAAGCUUCAACUCAAAUAUCUUCACCAGUCCGAUUCCUGCGCAGAUUCAAGACAACAGGAGCUUUUGAUAGAAAAGGAGCUAGUGAGAGGAUUUAUUACUCAGAACAUGAAAUGUCAGACCUUGAAGUGGAUGCAUCUCUUCUAAAUGAUGAACGCUCCAUCCGUUCUCAAACUACCAAGGGAAAAGAAAAGAAAGAGGCUACAGAAAUUGUUCCAACUGAAAGAGACGUUGAUAGUGACCCUGACAACACAGCUUUCUCAUUCGCAAAGGUUUGAAUGAUCAGAAACAUGCCAUUAGAAGUCUGAAUAUUUGGUGCAAUCAAGCAUAACACCUUAAACAUAUAACCAAUUCUCCAGCCUAUGGGAGAAGGUAAACUUUCAAUGUUUCUCUACCAAGUAGCACAAAGACUGCUCAAUCCCUCCUAUACAGAGCUGAGGAGUAAUGUUUCAAGCAGAGAAGUUAGCGAUUAAACAUGUGGUUCGUGCAUGAUAUGGCAGGAUAUAAGGAGAUGAUCUUUUCCUCAUUGUCUGCGAAGACUAUUAGAUACAGUUACUCCCUAACAAUGCUGUAUGUUACAAUUAAAUUUCCUUAUUAUGCCCCUGGCGUGCAGCGAUAGAUAUAUCCAUCCGGUCAAUUCAAUUAAUUUGUAUGGUGCAGCCAAUAUCAAUAUUUCAUAGUUUUACAAAAUUAAAGAAUCUUAACUUAUUUUGAGAUUUCAUUGUUUAUUUAUUUCACAUGAUUUUAAGCUAUUUUCUCCAACUGUUGAA